AUGGCCGACGACUCCUUCCGACGCUGCCCUCUUCCUGCCUUGCGAUCCAUUCCCCAUGGAGCGAGUGCAGAAGUCGGGGACGACCGUCGCCUGCCUCCCCUCCCGCGGGGCGAGCCUUUACCUCGGGGUCCAUUCAACCCAUUCCAUGCCAACCCCAACGCCCUGGCCCCCAGCCCAGCCAGCUCGCAAGACUCUUUUCCCGCCAAAUCCCCCUGGCCGUCGGCCGAGCACAUCGUGACGCCGCCCUCCCCGGCCAACUCCGCCGAUAGUUCCUGGGCCGAAGCCAUGCCGGCACAGAAGGUGUUCGACUGGCCCCACGAACUGGCUCCCACCGACCUCCUGAACCUGAUCGCCCCGAAGCACAUCAACCGCAAGCCGCCACUGCAGCAACUGUGCGGUCGCAAGCGCAAGGGCAGCAUGAUCUCAGGCGAGUCCGACGACCAGCGCGAAAAGCACCGCAUCGCCGAGGGGAACCGCCGGAAGAACCUGAGCCAGCUGCACCGCGAGCUGGACGGCCGCAUCCACGACUUCUUCCUGGAGCGCGCCGGAUGGAACCCCUCCAAGAGCCUCCCGGAAUCCAAGGAGCACAUCGUCCAGGGGGCCAUUUUCCUCAUCGACUUCAUGCUCCUCAUCAUCGUCCACCUGAUCCGCCAAGAGAAUGAGAUGCCCCGGCAGCUGACCGAGAAGCUGCAGCCCCAGAUCCGCUGCAUGCAACUCCAGCAGCUGGUGUCCAACCUCCAGCAGCAAAACCAGUCCGUCCAGCAGCAGCUCAAGGCCGCCAAGCACGAGAACCAGCUGCUGGAAGAGCGCAACCAGGCCCUCGAGCUCCAGCUCAAGUCCUACGAGCACAUGUUCCGCUCGCCCCGCAGCGAGCCCGCCGCGCCCCGGGCCCUGGCCGCCUCCUAUACCGACACCCGGCCGCGGAACAUGCUCCCGGGCCUGCGCGUGUUCUGCGAUGAGAUCGGAGCCACCGGGACGGAGCCCUCUCGUCUGGACCCGCCUCACACGGGGUCCUCUCAGUCUUUUGGUCAUGCCUUUUUGAGCCACACUCCGCCGACGACGGGACCGUCGUCUCCUGCCUUCCCGCCCGUCUCUUACUCUGUGCCGGUCUCGCGGCGUCCCUCUCUGGGGCCGUCGCCGUAA